AUGUAUCCACCAAAAGAGCAAGAGUUUGUGUUAAGGACACAAAGAUCAUGCGCAAGAAUGGAGGAAGCUACAGCGGUUCAUACCAACCAAACAAUCUCGAAGAAAGGGAAGGGGAAAGAAGUAGAGAAGCCCGCUCCGGAUGCAGCUACUCAACAACCCACUUUGACAAAAGGCCGGCCAAUCUCGACACCAGCAGGACCGGCAUGGGAUCGACAGGGGACGUAUGAUCGACAACGGCGAGUGUCCGGCCAAAGCAGGAUCUCAGCAACGAGCACCGUUCCUUCAAACCGAGACAGCUGGGAAAGUCGACCGCGCUACUCGAUUAUCAACAAUGGAAGCAACACGAGCCUGGAGUCGAUGCGAGCACAAAGCCCGCCUGCUGGUCCUCGUACGUCCUCGUUGGCACAGUUCCAGAAACCCGCUCAGGUAUCACGACCUAAUCCUCCCAGGCGGAAAUCGAAGCCUGGAGAGCUUUUCGCUACCCUGCCAGGGGAAGUAAUCGAGCUCAUUCUCGAAGAGUUGCGGAAACUCCACUUCAAGCCCGGGACUAACAGCUGUGCAACAUGUUGGAUGAGGGACUGCUGCAAUAUUGCUAUAAGCACCAGGAAGUUUCUCAAAUACGCCCGAGAAGCGUUGUAUGGGCAUAUACAACUUGUUGGAGCAGAUGGAUACCAUAUGAAGAAGCGAACGAAGUUGACUUACGGGUCAAGACUGGUUCUUUUGCGCAGGACGCUACGAGGAAACUUGAGGAUAGCAGCGAUAGUGCGGUCGUUGAAGCCCCCCGCAUGGCCAUCAGCAGCAUCUUCAGUUGAAGAGUAUAACGACCUCAUAGCAUCAGUUAUUAUGGCAUGUCCCAACUUUGAGCGGCUGGUUGGAUACUACCCGACAUACGAUCACACCUUUCAGCGAAUCUUUCAAGCUCUUUCCACACGCCAGAAGUUGAAAGAGAUGGAUUGGAUCCUGGAACGCUCGCCACUACAACGGCAAAAGUCAACAGCUGCCAUCCGCCCAUUGACUGCUAAUGGCAGCAAAUACAAUCUUGCAAACGGGAGUAAACAUAAUCUUGCCAACCUCAACAGCAGCAGACACAAUCUCCACGAGCUGGAACACCUGUCACUGACCCAGUGCCGCAUGUUUAUCGACUUUCACCUUGGCUGGCAACAGCUCACCACGCUUGUGGUACACUGCCAUCCAGGAGCAACGCUGGCCCCUGACGGCAUUCUUGACCAGACGUUCCGCAACCUACCAUCUCUGCAAAAUCUCAACGUCUCCCACCUUCCACGCAGCUCGUUUACCGAUGCGAACCUUCUGCAUCUUCCUCCCCGUCUGAAGAAACUUACCCUGACUCAUCUCCCUGGCAUCACCACUGCUGGACUUACCACAUACGCCAGUCGAUCUUCUGCCACAUCGCUUACUACAUUGACACUCAUCCACAUGAACCUCGAAACGCUUCCCUCUUUGGCACGGAUCUUUUCCAACCUCGUCAACCUGGAGACCUUUAACCUCGUCCAACACCACGCCCCCGUCAUGCCUAGCGACGAGAUGAUUUGGCUCUUCCCCUACCUUGCCUCGAACUCUCUGCGCAAGCUUCACUGGGAUAUACCCACACGCACCGCGACCACGUCCGCAGACGACAUCUUAGCGAAGAGCAUUCUCGCCGGCGGCUUUCCCCGGUUAACCGCCAUCCGCUGCCCGAAUGACCCCGAAGGAAUCUUCCAAGCACUCUGCAAACCCAAAGAGCGCGCCGACCACCCGACCGAUCGUUACCGCGGAGGCAAAAUGCACUUUACGCCGACCAACACCAGCGGAAUGAUCCACCAUGCCCGAAGCCCCUCUGGGUUUAACUCGAUCGCUAGCAGCACGGGAAGCAUGACGAACAGUUCCAUCGGCGACGACAGGGACACCAACUCCACGCCAUCGACACCCACCGAUACUUCUUUCCCUCUAUCAACCUCGAGCGGCGGCGGACCGUUACCAAAGUCCCUCCCCAUCUUCGCACCCAAACCCGGCACCUUAGCAGAUCCCUUCCUCCUCUCUCACCGUGCACAAUCAGACCUUCAUCUCGCCCGCCUAGCCGCCCAAGCCCGCCUCGAAGCAGCGCGCAAGUCUCCCCGUUUCUUCAUUAUCGUUACCGAUCCCAACGGUGACGUGGUGGAAAAGUACGGCGUUGGAGCUUUCAUCGGACGGACGGACAGCAAGAUCGCAUACCUCCUGACAGCGGAUGAAGGGAGUGGCGCGACAGAUGAAGGAGGAGGGCUAGUCACAGUGGAGAAUAUGCUAGGAGACUGUGGAGAGGCGUUGGUUUUGCCUCCCAAGUCCUCAAAGGUCGUGUCGGAGAAGGUUGAGAAACAUGAGCAUAGGCAUUCAAAGUCCUCGGAAGACAAAAAAGAAGAUAGGAGGAGCAGGAGCACUUCGAGGACCGGGAUGAGAGAGUGGUGGGGCGCGAGAAGCAAGAGUAAGAGUAGAGCUGCUGCUGCUGCGGAGAAAGCGGCGGAAAAAGCGGCGGAUAAGGUGGAAGACGUGAUGGUCAAGACUGGUGCGGAGGAGCAAAGCAGGACAAGAGAAGGGUGUAUUGGACGGUGGAAUACGUAUAGUGGGCCGGUGGUUGAUAAGAAGGAUCGGGAGAGGUGGUGGCAUACGGAGAGGGGACGGUGGAAGCCGGUUGUGCUUUCGUGA